CGCGACUGCCGGUGCGGGGAAGGGAGGAGGUGGCGGCGCAGGCGCGGGGGGGACGCGCGGGCCCGGCCGCUGGUGCCGCCGCUGCCGCCGCGGGAGGAGCAGCAGCAGGAGGAGGCGGCUCCGAGCCGGCGGGGGGCGCCGGGAGAGGCCGGGCGGGCAACGGGGCCCGAAGUUUGUGCCAAAGACGACUUCUGCUCAGAUGACAUCACGUUUGGACUACUAAUGCUAUCCACCCACUCUACAAGGCACAGUGCAUCUCUAGACAGCUUUUCCAUAGGAAUUGCUUUAAAGAGAUCUGAUUUUCUUUUCAUCUGAACUUUAGCAAAUGCAGAGUGAAGCCCGUUCUUUCAUUUGCAAAACUGUUCUGGAAAAUCACUUGGAUGCUGUGUAUUGAAUAUCAGUGAAACUAGGUCAGAAUUCAGUACUUUUCCACAGAAGAACUAACUCCACAGUGUGCUUCAAAGGAACUAGUUUUCAUCACUAAACCUCACAGUUCUAACAAGUCCCAAAGUGUAAAAGGCAAACGUACAAAUGUCUACCACAAGACUAAAGUGUGAUAUGUUAUGUUUUUUACCAUAAGCACCCAUAAAAUGAGCUCCAUUGCAGACAGAAAUGAUGGAAGCAUUUUUGAUGGGCUGGUGGAAGAAGAUGAUAAAGAUAAAGCAAAAAGAGUGUCUAGAAACAAAUCUGAAAAGAAGCGCCGAGAUCAGUUUAAUGUACUUAUCAAAGAGCUGGGUUCCAUGCUUCCAGGUAAUGCUCGGAAGAUGGAUAAAUCUACUGUACUGCAGAAGAGCAUUGACUUUUUACGGAAGCACAAAGAAAUUACUGCACAAUCAGAUGCCAGUGAGAUUCGACAGGACUGGAAACCGACAUUCCUUAGUAAUGAAGAGUUCACCCAGUUAAUGUUAGAGGCUCUUGAUGGUUUUUUUUUAGCAAUUAUGACAGAUGGAAAUAUAAUAUAUGUGUCUGAAAGUGUAACUCCCUUACUUGAACAUUUGCCAUCUGAUCUUGUGGAUCAGAGUGUAUUUAAUUUUAUCCCAGAGGGGGAACAUUCAGAAAUUUAUAAAAUAUUGUCUUCUCAUCUGCUGGAAAGUGAUUCAUUAACACCAGAAUACUUAAAAUCAAAAAAUCAACUAGAAUUCUGUUGCCAUAUGCUGCGAGGAACAAUAGAUCCAAAAGAGCAACCUACAUACGAAUAUGUAAAAUUUAUAGGAAAUUUCAAGUGUUUGAGUAAUGUUCCCAACUCAGCGCACAACGGUUUUGAAGGAACUAUUCAGCGAUCGCACCGGCCUUCAUAUGAAGACAAAGUUUGCUUUGUAGCCACAGUUAGAUUAGCUACACCUCAGUUUAUCAAGGAAAUGUGCACUGUUGAAGAACCCAAUGAAGAGUUCACAUCUAGACAUAGCUUAGAAUGGAAGUUCCUAUUCUUGGAUCACAGGGCACCUCCAAUAAUAGGGUAUCUUCCAUUUGAAGUUUUGGGAACAUCAGGCUAUGAUUAUUAUCAUGUGGAUGAUCUAGAUAAUCUGGCAAAAUGUCACGAGCAUUUGAUGCAAUAUGGGAAAGGGAAGUCAUGUUACUACAGAUUCCUUACAAAGGGACAACAAUGGAUUUGGCUGCAAACGCAUUACUAUAUCACGUAUCACCAGUGGAAUUCCAGGCCAGAGUUUAUUGUCUGUACGCACACUGUUGUAAGUUAUGCAGAAGUUAGAGCAGAAAGACGACGAGAACUUGGUAUUGAGGAGUCUCUUCCAGAGAUAACAGCAGAUAAAAAUCAAGAUUCUGGGUCUGACAACCACAUAAACACAGUGAGUCUCAAAGAAGCACUGGAAAGGUUUGAUACCAGCCCCACACCUUCUGCUUCCUCCAGGAGUUCAAGAAAAUCUUCACAUACUGCAGUAUCAGAUCAUUCAUCAACACCAACUAAAAUGACGGUGGACACUAGCACUCCUCCAAGGCAAAGCUUAUCUGGUCAUGAAAAGACUGCACAAAGAAGAUCAUCUCUGAGUAGUCAGUCUUUAAGCUCCCAGUCUCUUGGACAACCAGUAGCACAGCCAACGAUGUCUCAGCCUGCAACUUUACAGCUCCAGUCUGGCAUGUCCCAGCCUGUGUUUCAGUUUUCAGCUCAGUUGGGAGCUAUGCAGCACCUAAAGGACCAGCUAGAGCAAAGAACACGCAUGAUAGAGGCAAACAUUCAUCGUCAGCAGGAAGAGUUGCGUAAGAUUCAAGAGCAGCUUCAAAUCGUCCAUGGUCAAGGACUCCAGAUGUUCUUGCAGCAAUCAGCUUCUGGACUCAACUUUGGUUCUGUGCAGCUUGCUUCUGGAAAUUCUUCAAAUGUUCAGCAGCUCACACCAAUAAACAUGCAAGGUCAAGUCGUUCAAGCUAAUCAGACUCAAAGUGGGAUGAACACAGGCCAUAUAAAUACUGCACACAUGAUACAGCAACAGCCUUUGCAGGCUAGUGCAGCACAGCAUAAUCAACAAAAUGUACUUAGUGGACACAAUCAACAGUCUUCUCUCGCCAGUCAGUCACAGAACACGGUGUCAGCACCUUUGUAUAACACUAUGGUGAUUUCUCAGCCAACAACAGGAAAUGUGGUCCAGGUUCCUUCUAGCUUACCACAGAACAAUAGCCAGAAUCCUGCUGCAGUAACCACUUUUACACAGGAUAGACAAAUCAGGUUUCCUCAAGGUCAGCAGCUUGUAACAAAACUUGUCACAGCCCCAGUGGCGUGUGGAGCAGUAAUGGUACCAAGUACUAUGUUUAUGGGACAGGUGGUGACAGCUUAUCCCACUUUUGCUGCCCAACAGCAGCAGCCACAGACCUUGUCAAUAACACAACAACAACAACAACAGCAGCAGCAGCAAAGUCAGCAAGACCAUCAGCAGCAGCUCACCACAGUUCAGCAACCAGCUCAGUCGCAGCUGACCCAGCACCCCCAACAGUUCCUACAGACAUCCAGGUUACUUCAUGGAAAUCAGUCAGCUCAGCUUAUCCUCUCUGCUGCUUUCCCACUGCAACAAAGCACUUUUACUCAGUCCCACCACCAGCAGCAUCAGUCACAGCAGCAGCAGCAGCAACUUUCGCGACACAGGACUGACAAGAUGGCAGAUCCUUCCAAAGUUCAGCCACAAUAACGUGGGGCUCUGCCUCUUUUUGAAGCAAACUACCAGGAGGGGGCUGCUCCACAAACAGUUGCACUGAGGCUAAAGAGGUAGCAGUACGAAGGCUUUCUAACACUGCAGUGUUGAGAGCUACUUCUGACUUCUCGAAUCUGUUAAGAAAAGCCACAAGGUGAUGAUGAGGACGUGGCCAACUUUGAUAGUUGCCCCAAUUUCUGUGUUCUAAAGGAUUUGCUGCCAUGUGUUAAUUUGUCCAGGUGAAAUCUCAAAAUGUGACUGAAAUGAGAGGGAUGCUGAAAAUAUUGGUAUUUUUAUUGAUCCUGUACAUUUUUAAAGUAUUAAAAUGGACAUGGAACAAUUGUUUGAAUUAGCAGAAAAAAAAUGCCAGGAAUAUAGUCCAAAAAACAUCUAAUUUUUUUCAGAUGAUUAUGGGACAGUAAAUAUUUUGAAAAUGUGUGUGAAAUCCAGUUCUCUGUUGUACAGAUGCUGUAAAAUAUUGUGUAUAUGUCUGCAUAAAAGGAGAAAGAGCGAAAUAUUUUAUACGAUGCAUGAAAACGUAAUCUGUUAUUUGUAGGUUUGAAUAUAUUUCCCUAAAUUCUCACGCCAUACUCAGACUAAUGUUUUCCUCUGUUCUACCCUUUUGUUUACAACAUAAUGCAUCAUGAUUUUCACCCUUAAUGUGGGCACAAGUCUCUUGUUUGUGCUUUGUCUGUGAUGUCAAAGUUUGUUCGGUGAGGUAUAGUGUGCUGGUUAAUUGAUUUCUCGAGGUUAAAUUAUUGAUGAAGCUGCUUGAACUGGUGAUCAUGCAUCAGGGUUCAGGACAUUCAGAUUCAUGAAUAUCAUCCAUUAUUUCAUAAUUCAUCAUUUUUAUUUGAAAAAUAGGAAUUUGCACUGCUUUCUUGCGGAUGGUUUGCAAUUUAAUUCCCCAGAGCUAUCUUUUGAUAUAGUUCAUAGUUGGAAAUAUUUAUGUAAAAGGUUUAAAAAAAAAAAUGACAGUAAUUUUCAAGAAUGUUUCAGUUAUAGGAGUAAUUUGCACAAAAAUAUAUUUACAUUUAAUAACCUUUUGGGCACUUUUUAACCACUUUCUCUGUGGUGAGAAUUGUAACUUGUUAAAAUAUGUUGGAAUCUUUUUAUUCUCCUUCAAAAAUUAGUCAAAACUAAUUCAGGGUCAUUUUAACAACAACAAAACCCAUAGUGCCUUGAUUUUAAUUCAGGUGAUAAUGUUGAACAUCUUGAAUUACAAUGUCUUGAAUCUGUAACCAUUUUCAAUUUUGAAGUCUUAGUACCUUGUCAGCCAAACCUGUGUAUCCACUUCAUAGAUAUUUCUGUAUUUUGUUGAUUUUAGUAAUGGUCUGAAUUGAGACCGUGAGCAUUUCUAAGUGGUACUCCCCCUCAAACACUAGCCAGAAACAGAGGAGUCUGUAAAAUCUCAUACCUUGAAGGUAAUGCUCUUAAAAGAUAAAAAAAUCUGAAAGAAUAGAUUAUAUGUUUUGCAGGAGGAGGAAUAGUGAGCCGAUUUUUUUUUUUUUAAAAUCAUUUUUGUAGCAUUUCAAGUGUGUGCUGGGGGAGAUCGUGAUUGCAUUUAACACUACCAGGCUAUUGAUUUAAGAGAUAUCACUGAACUAAGACUUCAGAAGGCGACUUCACUUUAUAAAGAAAAUAAAAAGAUCCAACAGAUAUGAUGUGCUAUUUUAAGUAAAUGUUCAGUAGGUUUUUAUGGUACUAGUGUAUGGAAACCAGAACUUCAGAGGAAAAUGAAUAAGUGCUGAUAGAUGUGAUAAUUAAAAACAAGAACAAAAACAGUAAAAACAGUUAAAAUUAAUACUAGGGAAAGAAAGCUGGAUUAAUCUUGAAUACUGAGGAGGAGUUGAAUGAAUGUAACCAAAUGGUGAUGGACUGUUUAGUACUAUGGAACAGUUUGAUUGUAUUACUGGAUGAACCAAACCCGCAGGAAGGUAACACUGAUUUAGCCAAGCAGCUGAUACAGCUGGUUGUGUUUUGAUGCCAGCCUCUGCACGUGUCUCACCAUUAGAUCUUUGUUAUUCCCCACUUAGAAAGCAGGAGUUUGGCACCAAAAAGUAGUGAACAAGGAAGGAGAGGGUGAGAAACACAGUACCAAAGAGAAUCAGAUUGCUUUCUGCUCCAAGAAGCCUCUGGCAACCUGAGGCAAGGAACAGAUGCCAAUAGCCAACAUAGCAAGGAACACUUCCCCUUCUUUAAAGGGAUUUCUGGCAUUCUGUGGGCUAGAAUAACCGUCAGAAACCUGUUUCUGUAAAGUUCUAUGUAAAGAAAUCCUGCCUUGCUCUACCAUCCCUACCACACCAUUCCACCUGUUUCCAAAUGAAGCUGCGUUGACUGGAGAUCUGUGCUAGCAGUACUUUUGCUUAAUGGACAGUAGGUUAGAUAAAAAGUUUUUUAACCAAUUACAAUAAUAAAGUAGCACUAAAAAAGAAAACUGGGAGAGCUUUAAUAGUGCUGUUAGAACUAUUGAAUAGUGGUAAAUUAUGUUUAUUAAGCUAUUACACUGAGAAUUACAGAACAUAGAGAUACCAGCCAGACGGUUAAUGAUGCGGCUUUUUAUAUAAAGCUUUGUUUAAAUUUCUCUUCCCAUUUUCCCUUUCCCAAACGCUCUGGUGUGCUGCUAUAGGUCUGUCGGUAAAAGGCUAAACUAGGUGAGAGAGAAAUUAGAUGAUGACAAUAGUAUGGCUGCUGAAAGAGAACUAUAGAAAUGUAUGCUUUGAUGAAGAAGCUUUUUGUAACCUCAGAGAGAGGUCAUACAGAAUUACAGAACUACCAGCUAAUAGAAAAAGUGUAGAAGAUGGGGACAUUCAAAGAAACUGGAAAAAAUAUAGCACGGAUUUUAAAAAUUCCUGCCACGCAUCAGGCAAACUUUUUACAAAAGCGAGUACGUAGAACUCAGUCCAGAUUCUGUGUAAGGAUGCGGAUGGUUCAUUUCGCAGGUAGUGACUAAAAAGUAUAUAUUUAGAGGGUCUGCAGCUUCCCCUGUUGCCGAAUGAAUUGCUAGACUGUCCUUGAUUCUUAGUGGGAAGAGGACCAGGCUUUUGCCUCUUGAUCUUAAUCAGCCUUUUGCUUCUGCCCAACUCAUUUACUACAGUCAUAGACUUAUUUGCUACAUCUUAAUAAAGAGCACGAUAAUGAAUGCUAUGAUGCUGCAGGUUCUGGAGCGUAAAUGCUACAGAAUGACUCUGACUUCAACAGAAGGGAAAGAAUCUGUUAAGGAAAGAAUUGUAUUUAUGAAGAAAUGGGCUGGUGAUACCUAGGGGAGUGAAAAGAUGGCAUAGCUGCAUGGAGUUCAGGAAACAGAUAUUGUUUGCCUGCAAUGGGUGAGGAUUUGAAGAAAAGCUUCUGGGAUAACUUCAGAGAAAAAGAAUAUAGCUAUUUUUCUAUUAUAUUUAAUAUAUAUUAUAUUUGUAUAUAAAUAUGAAAGGAUUCUAGUAGGAGCUCUCCAUAUGCCUUCCAUUUCAUCUAGAAGGUUUACCUUCUGCACUACGGUUCCAGUGUCACCACCUUCUGUGGGCACCUUGCCUACUGCCAAACACCAAAACUAGCAACCCAAUAUCCUUACAAGAGAUAAUAGGUUUCAUUUCAGCUUUAUGUGCAAAUUAAUAAAAUGAAGCUAUAUCAGGCAGUUUUUCACAGGAAAAGAAAUCCUCUUAAGACUCAAAUAGCACUUUCUCUUUUUUUUUUUUUUUUGAGUAAUAAUAAGCACUUUACUGAAAAGACUAUUUGAAAAACAGUUUAUUUCUGUAGUCAGUGAAACUGUUAAAAAGGGGGGCAUCAAGGAAUAACAUGGAUAAAACUGUUAAGAGAGACAUUUCUGGAAAAUGUUUCUUUAAUAUGGUGAUCCUUUGAGGCUCAAAGUGCAAGAUUAAAAAGGCUUCUAAAACC